AUGCGGCGUCGGUUCCGGGCAACGGCGGCGGCAGAUGGAGCUCGGGCGCGGGUCAUAGCCAUCCAUGGCGGCGCUGACGGAGGAGAUGCAAGCGAGGAAUUGGAUGCGGGGGAGGCCGAGAACGGGCAGCGGAGCAUGCUCCCGUUCAGGUCCAGCCGGAACCGAGGCGGGGCUGGAGGCAACGACGGUGGUGAACUCGUGCUUCGGCGGUGGCGCUGGUUCACUGUGACAAAAAGAAACGAGAUGAAGCGGAUGGAAGAAGCAGAGGAGGAGCCCGGCUUGCUCCGGUCUGGUGGUUGCGCUGGUUGGGUGGACGACGGGAUCCAGGGAAGCACUGGUGAGGAGGAGGUGCUCGGGCGGCGGCUCGGGGUCGAGCUCCUCUCUAUCCGGAUCGAGGAGGGAGCGGGAGGCAGGGCGCUGUAG